AUGUCUGUCACAACUAAGGCAACUAUUGCCUCGUUUGGAGGGAAACUCCUCAAACUUUCUCACAAUGCCACGUCCACCAAGUGCGAGAUGGCAUUCAACGUAUAUCUUCCUCCACAAGCAGUGAAGGAUUCAAAUAACAAGGCUCCGGUGCUGUUUUUUCUAUCGGGGCUGACUUGUACUCCGGACAACUGCUCGGAGAAAGGGUUCCUUCAAAGUUCAGCCAGCAAGAAAGGAAUUGCUAUCGUAUACCCUGAUACCAGCCCACGCGGGCUAGGUAUCGCUGGCGAAGAUGAUGCGUAUGACUUUGGAUCUGGAGCCGGAUUCUACAUCGACGCAACCGAAUCCCCUUACAACAGUGGAUAUAACAUGUAUACCUAUGUGACAGACGAACUUCCCAAAGUCGUCUUUGGCCAGUUUCCUCAAUUAGAUUCCAACCGUGUCAGCAUUACCGGCCACAGCAUGGGAGGGCACGGUGCCUUAACACUGUUCCUAAAAAAUCCUGGCAAAUAUAAAUCUGUCUCGGUUUUUGCGCCAAUCGCAAACCCAAUCAACUGCCCAUGGGGCCAAAAGGCCUUUAAGGGUUACUUUGGUGAUGACAACAAUAAAUGGAAGAAGCACGAUGCUACUGAAUUAGUUAAGCAAUGGAAGGGAUCAUUGGAUAUUUUGAUUGAUGUGGGUACCGGUGACGACUUCUAUAAACAAGGGCAACUCCUACCAGAAAACUUCCUUAAGGCAGCAAAGGAGGCGGGCGUGGAAUCCGGCAUCAACGUCCGUUACCAGCCUGAUUAUGACCACAGUUAUUUCACCAUAGCUACAUUCGCAAACGAUCAUAUUGAGCAUGCCGCUAAACAUUUAUUUGCUUAA